AUGCUCGAGCUUGAUACCGCAGAGCGCUCUCAGCCGAAGCUCACCAACAUCUCCGUCCCGACAUACGUCGGCCCGCGUAUGAACGGCGCAAUGGUUCACGUACCCGUCGGCGAAAAGGGCAUCAUUGUCAAUAUUGGCGGCCAGACCACGCGAGACCCAACACCUUUUGGUAUUCGCAUCGAGGGUGCUAACGCAGGAAAUGUCAAUACAAACCUCUCCUUCGUAGACAUCUACGACGUCGAAACAGGCUUCUGGUUCCGUCAAGAAACCUUUGGCCUCCCCGACAUCCCCACAGGUCGCUCCGACAUCUGCGCCGUCCUCGUCCCCGUCGCAGACAAAUCCUCCUGGAACAUCUACAUGAUCGCUGGCGUCGAGAACUACGCAACCUACAUCACCUCGGAGGAGAUCUGGGUCCUCACCCUUCCGACUUUCACCUGGAUCCUCGUGCAUACCCGCGCCGACGGCAUGUACGGCCACACCUGCCACGCCGUCGGCGAGAACCUGCUUAUCGUGGGCGGAAUGCAAACCAAGAAUGACGGGGGCAUGCAGAACGUGAAUACCUGCGCAGAGCACAUGCCCGUCGAGAUCUUUUCGCUCGCGAGCCAGAAUUAUACGGGCCGGUAUGAU